AUGGAGGCCCUCAGACCAGUGCCAGUUAUCCACUUCGACCAGUGCCAGUCACCCACCUCGACCAGUGCCAGCCACCCACCUCGACCAGUGCCAGCCACCCACCUCGACCAGUGCCAGUCACCCACCUCGACCAGUGCCAACCACCCACCUCGACCAGUGCCAACCACCUACCUCGACCAGUGCCAACCACCCACCUCGACCAGUGCCAACCACCCACCUCGACCAGUGCCAACCACCCACCUCGACCAGUGCCAACCACCUACCUCGACCAGUGCCAACCACCCACCUCGACCAGUGCCAACCACCUACCUCGACCAGUGCCAACCACCCACCUCGACCAGUGCCAACCACCCACCUCGACCAGUGCCAACCACCCACCUUGACCAGUGCCAACCACCCACCUUGACCAGUGCCAACCACCUACCUCGACCAGUGCCAACCACCCACCUCGACCAGUGCCAACCACCCACCUCGACUAGUGCCAACCACCCACCUCGACCAGUGCCAACCACCUACCUCGACCAGUGCCAACCACCCACCUCGACCAGUGCCAACCACCCACCUUGA